AUGGAACCGCAAGAACAGCAAUAUCAGCAUAGCCUCGCUCAAUCCCAGGCUGGUGGUGGCGUCUCUGUCCGCAGCAGGUCAUCCAGCAUCGUCUCGACCAGGACGGGAGUCACCAUCGCAACUCUGCAGGAUGACACGCGAAGCGUCCGAAGCAUGGAGCUGGUCGUCGGACGGAGGAUAUUCAGCAUCAACCGCGACGGAUCCAGGAUCACUGAGCACUCUGGCCUUCCGCCGUAUACCUCUGCACCACCCGAGUAUUCCAGCCUCGACAGGGUAGCUGGGAAUGCGGCAGUGGCCGAACUACCGGCUCCAAAUAUCCCAAACUACGAGGAGAUAGCGUGGCCGUCCGGGGAGUCUGAAUACCGUCAACCGUUGCAACCUAUCCCGUCGGUGCGUCUUGACCAGCGCUGUGAUACUCCGGUGUUUCCAGUCGGUGAGCCGGCCAGGGCUGAGCUGCCAGCGACUCCAGCCGAAGGAGAGAGAAGAGGAUCAGGCUCCGUUGCUCGAACCCAUUCGUUCGUCCCUGGGCCCGAGAAAAUCUCCGUGGUAGCCAAAAGACGCUCCGUCUCAGAAAGCAAUAUCCAAGCCAACCUCCACCCCAAUAGCAACAGCAACAUUCUCAGGAACAACAACCCGUUACGCCGUCGGAAUGGCAUCCGUCUCCCACAGCUGGACACGGGCGUCUCCUUUGAACAGCUACGGAAUGCCUUCUCUAGCAAUGCUGGCCCUCCCUCCGCUAGCCCACGCAUGACCCAUUCUGCCGGCCCCAGCAUAGGAGGCUCCAGCAACGACUUUUUGACCGGAAACAUCUACUAUAACAGCACUACCACAGGCGGGAGCGGAAAUGUAUCCCGCGGCCGCUCACCACCUACGACGCCCAGAGCCACCAGAAGCCCCCUGCUGGCGGUCCCCCAGGGCCCGCCCGUCGUCGAAGAAGGAUAUGCCGACACGGAACUGCCGCCUGCAAUGGACACAGAGAACGAGAUAAGCAUCCAUUUCUCCCGCAUGAUACGCAGCAUCGACCGCGAACACCGCCGGGUCCUGCACCAGAAGUGUCGGGAACUAGCCGACUUGCGCGAACGGCUCAACGAGGUCGACCAGGUCUACCGCAAAGAGCUAAGGUCCCGCGACUUCAUCAUCGACGAGCUGCGGCAGGAGAUCAGCCUGAUGGAGUUCCGGGUGGACGAGAGGGUCGAGCGGGCUAGAAACGAGGUAGAGGAUAUCUGGGAGAAGCGGUGGAAGGACCAGGAGAAACUGCUGCUUAACAUGCAGCGGAGACAGAGCCAGGCGGACCUCAGCAGGAUGAUAGGUCGGAGAAGGGCAGUGGGAAGGGCUCUUUCAUCGUCGCAGGGCUUGAUGAUGCAUGAAGACGAGGAGAACGAUGAUGAUGUGCAUUGA